AUGCGUCUGGCCGCUGCAGCGAACGAGGCGUAUGCAGCCUCGCUGGCCGUCUCGGAGCUGCUGGGCUGCCACCAGUGCGGCGGGGGCCGCGGCCAGGACGAGGAACUUGGAAUCAGAAUUCCUCGGCCAGUAGGACAUGGACCAAGCAGGUUCAUCCCAGAGAAGGAGAUUCUACAAGUAGGGAGUGAAGACGCACAGAUGCAUGCUUUAUUUGCAGAUUCUUUUGCUGCUUUGGGUCGUUUGGAUAACAUUACGUUAGUGAUGGUUUUCCACCCACAAUAUUUAGAAAGUUUCUUAAAAACUCAACACUAUCUACUGCAAAUGGAUGGACCAUUACCCCUCCAUUAUCGGCACUACAUUGGAAUAAUGGCUGCGGCCAGGCACCAGUGCUCCUAUCUAGUGAAUCUACAUGUCAGUGACUUCCUUCAUGUUGGCGGGGACCCCAAGUGGCUCAAUGGCUUAGAGAAUGCACCUCAAAAGCUACAGAAUUUAGGAGAACUUAACAAAGUAUUAGCCCACAGGCCUUGGCUUAUUACCAAAGAACACAUUGAGGGGCUUUUGAAAGCGGAGGAGCACAGCUGGUCUCUGGCGGAGCUGGUCCAUGCUGUGGUUCUGCUCACACACUAUCAUUCUCUUGCCUCAUUCACGUUCGGCUGUGGAAUUAGCCCAGAAAUUCAUUGUGACGGUGGCCAUACCUUCAGACCUCCUUCUGUUAGUAACUACUGCAUCUGUGACAUUACAAAUGGCAAUCACAGCGUGGAUGAUAUGCAAGUCAACUCAGCAGGAAAUAUUUCGGUGAGCGACUCCUUCUUUGAGGUGGAAGCCCUCAUGGAGAAGAUGAAGCAGUUACAGGAAUGUCGUGACGAGGAGGAAGCCAGCCAGGAGGAGAUGGCGUCGCGGUUUGAAAUAGAGAAGAGAGAGAGCAUGUUCGUCUUCUCUUCAGGUAAUAACAACAUGAAUGUGGAAGGCUACUGCAUGGAUUUUCCCACUCACAAACACUUUCUUAAGGAAGGCAACUGA